CUGUGCUCCUUUCCUCGUGCCGCAUUCUCAUCCUAGUGAGAGGUUCAGGAAGUGAAAGCUGCCAAGCAAGUGAAGGGGCAAAAGUAGCAGCUUCAGAGACUGGUUGCCUCUCAGUUGCUCAGAUGUGAUGUGUGUAGCUGGGUAACAUGCUGCAUAGCUUACAGACAUUCACAGUGUCAUCAGUAGAGGUAAAGACGCCGGAGGAGAUGUUUGUGGAGAAUGGGACAGACGCAAAGCUUCCAUGCACGUUUACAUCUGUGGAAGUGAUCAGCAGUGCAGCAUCUGUUUCUUGGAGCUUUCAACCAGAGGGAGCAGCAACUCCUAUCUCAUUUUUCUAUUACUUUAAUGGAAAGCCAUACCCUGGAAAGGACAUACCAUUUAAAGACAGGAUCACUUGGGCUGGAGAUCUUAACAAGAAAGAUGCUUCUAUCAGUAUAGCAAACAUGCAGUUCCGGGACAACGGCACUUACAUUUGCGAUGUGAAGAACCCACCUGACAUCGUUGUCAAGCCAGGUGAAAUCCGACUUAGAGUUGUGGAGAAAGACAGCCUGCCAGCGUUCCCCAUUGCCAUGGUGGCAGGGAUAGUCAUCGGUACGGUUACAGGUGUCUCACCGCUCAUCUCUAUUGUCGUGUGUCUUGUCGUGAGAAAGAACAACUCUAAAAAACGUUACUCUGGCUGCAGUACCUCUGAGAACUUGAUGUCACCCGUUAAGCAGGCUCCGCAGAAGUCACCCUCCAACACAGAGGGUCUGGUAAACAGCGUGCCCGCGGACCCUCCCACAUCUCAUCCCGGCCCAGUCAUUUACGCGCAGUUAGAUCACUCCGGAGGACAGCACAGCGACAAGAUUAACAAGUCAGAGUCUGUGGUCUAUGCUGACAUUCGGAAGAACUGA